GUCAAAAAACUCAGCGGUAUGAAAGUAGUUGAGGAAAUCUCUGAUAAGAUUGUGAAAGCCUUAAGACCCAAUGAUAGUUCUUCCAGUGCAGUAAAGAAAGACUUGGCAAACGAGAUUAACAAUACCUUCUUGUCCCCAAUGUCCAUAUUUGCACCUCUUUCCUUGGAUCUUCAUCGUCGUUGCUGCACUGAAAGUGUACUGACAGACACUGUGCUUACCGUGUCGGCCGAUGUCGCCUUUGAAAAGCUUUCAAAACUUAAUCCAAAAAAAGCUGUUGGCCCUGAUGAUAUACCUCCGUGGUUACUGAAGGAAAAUGCCGACUUAUUAGCCGGUUCGGUAACGGAUAUCCUCAAUUGCUCCUAUCGUGAAUGUUGCCUUCCCCCUUCAUGGAAGGAGGCGGACGUAGUCGCAAUCCCAAAGGAAAAAUCUAUUCAAGAUAUUAACAAUCAUUUGCGACCGAUCUCACUUACACCGAUAUUGUCAAAACUGGCGGAAGAUUUCGUUGUGAACCGUUAUCUGAAACCAGCAGUGAUGGAAAGGAUCGAUAAGAGACAGUUUGGUACUGUGCCUAAAUCUUGCACCACACAUGCCCUCAUCUCCAUGUUACAUACCUGGACCAAAAAUACAGACGGAAAUGGCUCUACUACCUGCGUUAUGUUGUUUGACUUUCGGAAAGCUUUUGAUCUGAUUGAUCAUCCCCGGGCCGACGGCGCGAAGCGCCGUGCGAGGGUACUAAUUCCCCCCGGCUAUUUACACCCGGGGAAGGGAAGCAUUAGCGAAGUCUAAAGUUCAUCAAAUAUCGCGGGCGUGGGUUACUGUGCGUGUUUCGGUGGGUGGUCAUCCUCACUGAUCUCAUAAUAUAGCGGACUGUAAUGAAUAGCCAACACUGAUUGGUCCAAUUUAAAAUUGGCAUUAUAACGGCUGCAUGACGAUUGACGACAGCGAAAUUGAUUUGAUGAUUUCUUGCAAAUAUAUUUCAUUUUGCAAGAUUUUGUAAAUUGCAAAGGAUUUUUGAUGAAAUAAAGGCAAGAGGAUUGCUAAAAGAAGGAAGUAAAGGUGCCGACGUUAACGAAGGUAAGUUUGUUUUAAAUAUUGAUGCAUUGUUUGCUUUUAAUAUACUGUAAUCUCGGCUGUAAUUACUUUAAAAGCCGAUCGUUGUGUAUAAAUAUGAAACAAGACAGCGUAUUAUUUCAGUGUUUCUUUAUUGAUUACACUUUUUAUUAUACUAAGCAAAGUUAUUUGCAUGGGAGAAUUUGGAAUCAUUUUAUUUCGAACUCAAAGUUUAUCGAUAAAGGCAGUUUAGUUCUAUAUUAAAAGAACACUUUCAAACGUUUUGCGAAGCGUUUGUGGUUGAAUUUUACCUUAAAUUGAAGCUUAUAUUACGUAUAAUAACAUACCUACUUAAUUACUUUAAAAGCCGAUCGUUGUGUAUAAAUAUAAAACAAGACAGCGUAUUAUUUCAGUGUUUCUUUAUUGAUUACACUUUUUAUUAUACUGAGCAAAGUUAUUUGCAUGGGAGAAUUUGGAAUCAUUUUAUUUCGAACUCAAAGUUUAUCUGAUAAAGGCAGUUUAGUUCUAUAAUAAAAGAACAUUUUAAAACGUUUUGCGAAGCGUUUGUGGUUGAAUUUUACCUUAAAUUCAAGCUUAUAUUACGUAUAAUAACAUACCUAACAUAUAUAUGUUUAGGAAAUUGAUAAUUUUGUAACCUGAGUAUCAGGCUCUAUUUUACAAAUAGAGCCUGAUACAAACCUUAACCCGAACGCUUUCCACCCACAGCAAAGUUUAUAUUUAGUACCCAAUCAAAAUGUCGCAGGAGAAAUUUAAAUUUCACACAACGUCAACGACAACAACAAUCUAAUUAUAGCAUAGGCAGCCCACUAAACGUAGUCGAGGACCUGUAUAUGAGUUUGUAUGCAUUUCAUUUAGGACAGAUAAUCUCAACUGUUUUAGGGCAAGUUGACCAUGACGGUCAACAUGGUAACGCUGCCCGAACCCCAAUCCGGGAUGAAACGUCCGAAACUGACCACACCCAAAAACGACGCUUUCGCCAUACUGCUAUCUACCAAACCAUAAAAGCUUUGGCUAUUCUGAAGUGCUUAUAUGGUUCAGAGAUGGUACUUUUCGGGGUGGUGAUUGGUAAGUGUGAAAUGCCUAGCACUAAUAUUUCACAAGAAAAUGACCAUGCAAUAAUCAUAGUUAAACGUCAAUUUGUGGCUUGCAACUUCAGAUAAACAGCAGUGGACUUACAUUACCUUUUUCCCUAAAUCUUUUUGAUAGAAACAUAAUUGGUACUUAUUUAAAUAUAUUAUCACUGGUUUGGUGUAAUAGUUAAUAUUUUCUGACCGAAAUAAUAAUUUGAAAUGUGCCUACCUCUUGCAAAUGGACGUAUUUGGCCAAGUUCUCCACUUUACUCCGCUGUUUAUCGGCGAUCUCGUCGACAUCCUACAAAAAUGUAAAUCAUCUCAGACAUAAUGGUAUCAAGAACAUUUUAAACAAGUUUCAACUUGGUUUCAAGUAGAUCAUACCUGUUUAACCAUCGACAAGGUAAAUCCCCAACUUUGUCCAAAUUCGGCGCCAUUUUAUCAUCCCAUGUCGGUUUUCAACAAUUAGGCCUUGUUACUCUUCCAUUCACGCCAUAUCCAUUGCACAAAUAACAAAUUUAACCCUUUGUUAAGGGUAUUAAAAUAAAAAUACAAAUGAAAUAUGCGAAAUGCAGCAUUUUAUCACCCAGUAAAAUGUUGCUUACGAGUCCUUCAAAACAUUUCGUACAAAUCUCGCGUGGUUUAGCAACAGGGACGUGACAGGGGGGGGUAGAGACUUGAAAAAUGAAAGCAAAGCCCCACACAGUAUCGUAAAACCAUUAAACCAACAAUCAGCAUUUAAUUUGUAUGACUUGUUCAUAUUAAUAAAUAAUAAUAUGUAUAUAUUUGUCGCUACAAGAAAUAAAACAAACAUUUGUAUGAUUGUAUUUAGCUUUUAGUCUAUUUCACGCAGCCUUCUUCUAUCUUCGUGAAAUAAUUCACCCCCUCCUGUCACGUCCCUGUUGCUUUGUCACGCGAUAUUUGUACGGAAUGUAUUGAAAGACUCGUGAGCAAAAUUUUACAUGGUGAUAAAAUGGCGUAUUUCUUAUAUUUUGUUUAGAUUUUUUAGUUUCCUCCUGUUAUAAAGGGUUAAAUUUAUUAUUAGUGGAAUGGAAAUGGCUUGGAUGGAAGAGUAACAAGGCUGAAUUGUUAACAAGCGACAUGGGAUGACAAAAUGGCGCCGAAUUUGGACAAAGUUGUGGAUACUUGUUUAAAAUGUUCUUGAUACCAUUAUGUCUGAGAUGAUUUACAUUUUUUGUAGGAUGUCGACGAGAUCGCCGAUAAACAACGGAGUAAAGUGGAGAACUUGGCCAAAUACGUCCAUUUGCAGGAGGUAGGCACAUUUCGAAUUAUUAUUUCGGUCAGAAAAUAUUAACUAUUUUACACCAAACCAGUGAUAAUAUAUUUAAAUAAGUACCAUUUAUGUUUCUAUCAAAAGGAUUUAGGGAAAAAGGUAAUAUAAGUCCACUGCUGUUUAUCUGAAUUUGCAAGCCACAAAUUGACGUUUAACUAUGCUUAUUGCAUGGCCAUUUUCUUGUGAAAUAUUAGUGCUUGGCAUUUCACACUUACCAAUGACCACCCCCAAAAGUACCAUCUCUGAACCAUAUAAGCACCUCAGAAUAACCAAAGCUUUUAUGGUUUGGUAGAUAGCA